AUGGAAACAACCCACAUUACAAUCGUGAAGGACCUGACCUACGCCGAGGGCCCCCGAUGGCACGAAGGCCGACUCUGGUUUGUUGAUUUUUAUAGCUACAGGGUCCUCUCCGUUGCAGAGGAUGGUAGCGAUUUGCGCCUCGAAGCCGAAGUGCCCCAGCAGCCCUCCGGGCUCGGAUGGCUCCCUGACGGCCGUCUUUUGGUAGUCUCGAUGCGAAACGGCAAGGUCCUGCGCCGAGAGGCGGACGGCACACUGUGGGUGCACGCGGACGUGAGCUCGUACAUCACGGGGCAUUUGAACGACAUGGUCGCCGCCAAUCUCCUCCGCAUCGAUCCGGAUGGCGCCAUCACCGUCGUCGCGGAUGAUUUGUGGUUCCCCAACGGUGCUGUUAUUACCGAGACCGGCACGCUGCUCGUCAACGAGACGAUUGGGAACCGCAUCACGGCGUUCGACAUCGCUGAUGGGGGCGAGCUGGUCAAUAGGCGCGUGUGGGCGUCGUUUGGGGACCUCCCCGAGGAGAAGGCUACCGGUGAGAGGAUGGCGCGGUUGUCAGUGAUGCCGGAUGGUUGCGCGCUGGACGCCGAGGGCGCGCUGUGGGUGGCGGACGUGCUCGGGAAGCGGCUCCUCAGGGUCCGGGAGGGCGGGGAGAUACUGGAGGAGAUUGACGUGGGGUCGAAUGUCUUUGCGUGCGCGCUGGGUGGGGCGGAUGGGCGGACGCUGUUUGGGUGUGCGGCGCCGGAUUUUCAUGAGGAGGCGAGGAAGAAUGCUCGGGAAGGGAGUAUUGUUGCUGUACGGGUCAAGGUGCCUCGGGCCGGAGUGUCGUAA